AUGGCCGAAGUCCACCCACACACAUCAAAUUUCUCAGUGGGGAAUGGAACCGUCACCAGUACCGUCCCGCUCAAAGCGAUCGGAAACUAUAUCAUGCGAGAAAGUAUCGGUAAAGGAAGCAUGGGCAAAGUCAAACUGGCCGUGCACAAGGUCACGGGAGAAAAAAUCGCUGUCAAAAUUAUUCCACGUGCGGAUGCGCACAAAUGCAUGUCAGCCAAACAAUGCGCACACGAACAAAGUCGAGAAAUGCGAACGAUUCGAGAAGGCCAUAUCAUGCUUCUUCUGAAUCAUCCUCACAUUGUGCGCUUAAAAGAACUCACAACCAUCGGACCUUAUUUCUAUAUUCUUAUGGACUACGUAGGUGGCGGUCAAUUGUUGCAUUACAUCGUCAAACGAAAUCGAUUGUCGGAGAAACAUGCACGUCACUUUGUUCGCCAAAUCGUUAGUGCAUUGGAUUAUAUGCAUCGUAAUUCGGUGGUUCACCGUGACCUCAAAAUCGAAAACAUCAUGGUCGAUCAAUCCGGUCGCAACAUCAAAAUUAUUGAUUUUGGAUUAUCCAAUCUUUUCUGUCCCGAGCGAUUACUAAAGACCUACUGUGGAUCGUUGUAUUUCGCCGCACCCGAAUUACUACGAUCCACACCGUAUCGUGGCCCCGAAAUCGACGUGUGGAGUCUUGGCGUAGUCAUUUACGUUAUGGUGACUGGAUCCAUGCCAUUUGAUGAUCGAUCCAUGCCUGGCCUUCACGAAAAAAUCAAAAGCGGUCAAGUCGCCUACCCUGCACACCUUAGUCCAGAAUGUCGCGAUUUGUUAUCGCGUGCAUUUAAAACCGAUCCUGAAGCAAGAAUUAUCCUGGCAGAUAUCAUUCGACAUCCGUGGCUGAACAAAGGUUAUGCUGCACCAGUGGAAAACUAUCUCCCCACGCGAAAACCUCUGCAACUGCCUCUGGAUCCUAGAGUCGUUCAUUCAAUGACUUACGGGUUUAACAUGGGCACCACACGAGAUAUCCGUUUAAAGCUAGAGCUUAUCGUCAAUUCACCUAUUUAUCAGACGGCCGCAGACCAUGUGGCGACUUGCCAAGCCCACCAGGAUGCAUCGUCCUGUAUUACAAACCCUAUGACUGCUUCACCGUAUCCUCACGGCUACGAUGACCCACAAACCGUACCAGCUGCUUAUCAUCCUUUGCUGUCGCUUUAUUAUUUGACCCAAGAACGGCUCGUUCAAGCCGAAAAGAACAAGCGAGCAAGCCAGACUACCCGAACCACCUCUUGCUUAUCAACGAUCCCUAGUGGUUCGGUUUCUACCACUUCUGAUCAUGCAAGUAAUCCAAGUUCAGUCGAUCGUUCCAGGUCCCAUCCAUCGUUUUAUGCUACAUCAGCUGCUGCACCGUCUCCUGGGAUGAUUCCAUCAACAACACCCAUGUCCAUCGCUUCAUUACCAUCGAAACACUGCAAGCAUCGAUUAUCGUUGCCUACAUCCUCACGAUCAGACACGUCUCGGUACCCACAUGUUUUCCAACUUCCACCCUCGCCGCCCUCCUCGGGCGAAGAAAUGAGCGAAAGUCAAUGCACAAAACGAUCCAUGUCUGCUCCCAUGUCGACUUCUGGCGGACCUUCCCGAGACUGUUUCCAUCGCUUUCAAAGAUGGCUAUCUCGUUUCAAAAAGACUUCAAGAGGAGCAUAG